CGGGAGCUGCGGCCCCCACCCCCCAACCCCCCUCAGCCCCGCCAUGGGUGACGUGUUCCGGAGGGCGGAGUCGGGCACUCAGCUACUUGCACGACUUGAGGGCAGAAGUUCUCUGAAGAAUCUUGAACCCUACCUGUUUGCUGAGGAAGGAUCUCCUGUUCAUGGAGAUGUCAUUGAAUUCCAUGGCCCAGAAGGAACAGGAAAAACAGAAAUGCUUUAUCACUUAAUAGCCCGGUGCAUCAUUCCAAAAUCAGGAGGAGGACUGGAAGCAGAAGCCAUGUUCAUUGACACUGACUACCACUUUGAUCUGCUCCGUCUGGUCACCAUCCUAGAGAGCAGGUUGGCACAAAGGACAGAAGAGAUGAUAAAGCAGUGCCUGGGAAGGCUUUUUCUUGUGAACUGCAAUAGUAGCACCCACUUACUCCUCACUCUCUACUCUUUAGAAAACAUGUUUUGCACUCACCCUUCCCUCUGCCUUUUGAUUUUAGAUAGCCUGUCAGCCUUUUAUUGGAUAGACAGAAGCAAUGGAGGGGAGAGCCUUAAUUUGCAGGAGAGGAACCUGAAGAAAUGUGCAGCCUUUCUUGAGAAGCUUGUGAGAGAGCACCACUUAGUCCUCUUUGCAACAACACAGACACUUAUGCAGAAAUCUACAAACUCCACAGAAAGCCUUUUUCCUUUAAAACUUCCACAUGAAACUGAUACAGACUAUAGGCCUUACCUCUGUAAAGCAUGGCAACAAAUGGUAACCCAUAGGAUAUUUUUCUCUAAGCAAGGUAAUUCUGGCAGCAGCAAAGGUUUUACAGUAAUUUCUUGCCAUCUCAAAAGAAACCAGGUAUCAAAACGUUCAUUUAGUGUUGCAGAAUGUGGAGUUCAGUUUUAGCUUCUGUUUGUUUUUUAAAUGUGUCACAAAUUGGGGUACUUAAGGCCUGAUUGGGUCUAAGUAGUUUUUAGUACCUUUUAAACUAGUUCA